UGCUCAAAAAUGGCGACUUUCAGGUUAUUGAGAAAGAUUCCAAAAAGUUUAGUUUCUCAACGCUUUAACGUCGCUGUACGAUGUCUAGCGAGUGAAUCUGGUGCAGCAACAAUGCCAUUAACAUUUGGCUCACCUCAAACGGCAUAUUAUCAUAACGUUGAUGUAAAACAAGUCGAUGUUCCAUCUGGUACAGGCACAUUCGGUAUACUCCCCAAUCAUGUGCCAACAUUAGCUGUGUUAAGACCUGGUGUUCUCACUGUUUUUGAAGAUGAAGGAACAAGGAAAUUCUUUGUAAGCAGUGGAACUGUGACGAUAAAUGAAGAUUCCUCACUUCAGGUUUUGGCAGAAGAAGCAGUUCCAUUGGAACAGCUUGAUAUAAGUGAAGCAAGGCAGGGUUUAGAUUCUGCUCAAAAUGCUGCAGCAACAGCAACCAAUGAAGAAGAUAAAGCAGAGGCACUAAUCGCAGCAGAAUGUUAUGAAGCUAUUAUUAAAGGCGUGGAAAGUCAUUGACACCCAUAAACACUUUAUUGUGUGAUCAAGUUUUUAUGUUAUAUUAAGGAUAUUUGCUAAAUAAAAUCAUAUCAUUUA